AUUUCAAAUGCUGUGGCUAUUGAGGAUUCCCUCUUAUUUUAUUUUCAUAGUGUGAAAAGUUGAGAAAGAAGCGGUCAAGUUUCAUGGGUACAUUUAGAAUAGCUCACGGAAGUGUUCUAGAUGAUGUAGACGACAAGAUCCUUCAAGCAAAAGCUGCUCUCUCCGAAGUAACCCAAGACCUUCAAGAACGUUUAAACCGUUGGAAGCAGAUAGAACUGCUGUGUAACUUUCAGAUUGUAUGUAAUCCAGGACUAAGGCAUCUGGAAAUGCUGUUGUUAGGAAGCACGAGUCACGUUAACUCUGUUCGGUCCUGUUUUACAGGUAGAGAAAGUAUUCACCGUAGUGGAAGUGAAGCGACUUUGUUAGAAGAUGCUACUACGUCUGUGUAUGGUAACGUUGGAUCUGAAGCAGGAAAUGUCCCUGCAGGUCCUUUCCAUGCUUUCACAUGGCCUUACAUUGGUUUUGACACUCGGAAAGACAGUUCAGUAAGUCAACCUACGUUACUGGCCAUUGGUGCAGUAGCCUCGGAACGUAGAUAUCCACCUCUAGUGAAAGUUGGCGUUUUAGGCUCCGUUACUGCAAUCGACCAGAUAGACUUUCCCUCAGAGCAAGAAGAUGAUGAGGAAAUGUACCAUGAAGAUGUGAAAUCACUGAAUGGCAGUAUAACUUUAUCACUAGCUCCCUCUAUUGGCUUUGCUGAGAGUGAAAACCCAUAUUCAAAUUUAGGAAAAAGUUUACAGGAUAUUCAGCCGGGGCCAGUGAUGAAAAGCAUGAGUCUGGACAGUCAUCUUCUAGGUUUUCCUGAGGCUUCCCAUACCCUGACAAGACACACUGCUUCUGAUAGCAGACUAGAUGAUCAUGAGCAUAGUACCCUAUCCAGAAGUCUGCCCCUGCACCACAGCACUGAUGCAGUUAACCAAGGUUCUCUCGAGAGGUUGCGAAAAUCAGACAGCCUGAAAAAUGCGGCAGAGGACAAGAAAAACGUUGAGGAAGAAAAGAAAGAAAGACGAAAGAAGUCCUUUUUUACCGAUCUCGUUAAAAAAAACCCAAAGCCUUGUAAUUACCCUGUUACUAAGUGGCAGUUGUUACCUAAACCUGUUCUUUUUAUGAACUGGACUGUUAAGAUUAUCAAGAGGAGUGACAGUUAUUUAUGACAUUGGCUGUGCUUUAUACUUCUUGACAUCAUUUUCUCUCCCCACUAGAAAUAAGUCAUACUUGUUUUGUUUUCUUGAAAUUGAGGUUGGCAUUAAAACCCUUUGUUUUAAUGUAAAAUAUUUUAUAUUGUUGAAUUAAAAUCAUUUCCAGUUUUUAA